AUGGUUGCGCUUGCGUUUAUUUCGGGGGCUCAAAGUAGCACCAACCAGCAACAGAGUCAGAGUAGCUUCAGGGGCAAGUUGUUGAGCAAUCGGGACGAAAGUGCAAAAUAUGAAACAUCACCAGCAGCAUUCACAUCGUUAUUGUCCAAAGUAAAUCCGUGGUUAUCAGCGUGCGAUCUGGCGCAUCCAAGCACAGCACCGGAUCUCCAGGGCUUGAAGAGGGAAAUAAUAAAACGAGAACAAAGAUAUAAAGAUCUAUUUGUGGAAUUGUGUGAAAACAGUUUUUCAAGUUAUGUGAUUAAUCAAUAA